UCUUCUCUAUAUAUACAUCUCCCCAUUCCCUCUCUCUUCUUCAAAAUUCAAGCUUGACACUCAAAGCCCCUUUCAUCUCUCCACCGCCUCUUCAUUUCAUUGCUUUCAAGAUUUGACCACGCCCACUAUAAGCCAAUGGGUAUUUGCAGUUCUUGUGACUCAACACAUGUCGCCACCGCAAAGAUCAUUCUACAAGAUGGAAGAUUGCAGGAAUUCUCAUACCCAGUUAAGGCUUCUUACGUGUUGCAAAAGUAUCCCGCAUCAUUUAUUUGCAACUCUGAUGAAAUGGACUUUGACGAUGUCGUUUCAGCCAUUAGCGAAGAGGAAGAGCUGCAGCUUGGUCAGCUCUACUUUGCGUUGCCGUUAAGUAAAUUACAUUACCCACUUCAGGCUGAAGAAAUGGCUGCAUUAGCAGUUAAAGCCAGCGCGGCAUUAAUGAAGAGUGGUGAUAAAUACGGCUGUCGCAAAAAAUCAGUCUGUCCGGUGGGCGAGACCUCUCCCCGGAAGGUUACCUCCGGUCGCGGCGGUGCCGGCGCUAGAUUAAAAAGAGGAUCAAGGAGAGACUUUACGGCAAUGUUGAGUGCAAUACCUGAAUAGGGAUAUAUGGUAGAAAACGAGUGCGUAAAGCAAAGCCUGAAAAAAAGGAUAUUUUGAGGGAAAAAUGUAAAUAUGUGAUGAUCUAGGGGUUAUUACGCAGGAGUUUUGUUUGGUGAUGUGAUGAAGAGGUGGUGAGUUUAGAUUUGGGUGCCAACCAUGUGAGGGUCGUGUUACAAUUUUACCCCUAAAUGGGUUGAUGAGAAGAAUCAUGUACAAA